AUGUUUUUCAAACUGGCGUGCGCGUUCGUCUUAUCCGUGGUUACGGUCGGAUGGACGUGGGCGAGUCGCCGGCGCGAGCGAUUCCAUCAAAAUCGUUCAAUUAAAACGAGUGAUUUUGUGACUGCCGAGACUUUGGCGGGAGGAGGCGAAGGCGUCGGCGUCGUCCUCCCGGUGAGAGGCGUCGUUUCAAACAGGACGAGAGAUAACUGGCACACGCAAGUGGAGACGAAACAUAGAGGGGAAGUCGCGUUCGUGUUCGUGGUGGAAAAAGAGACGGACGAUGCGAAGGAAGCGGCGGAACGGUUCGUAGGAGGAGCGGCGGCGGCGUCCGCCGAGGGACGAGGAGGAAGAAGAAGCGCGCGAGUGGUCGUUUCCGGGAGCGCGGAGAACUGUUCGCAGAAGAUUCGGCAGCAGUUGCGAGGGGCGGAAGAGCUCGGGGCGAUGAUGGGCGACGAGGACGAAGACGACGGUAGAAGUCGUCGUGGUUUUCAUCGUCGCUUUUUUCGAGAUGAAAAGAGGAGCAAAAACAGAAUUAAGUACGUUUUGUUCUUAGACGACGACGUGAUGCUGUAUCCGAGCACGAUUGGGAGUUUAGUGAGCGCGAUGGAAAAGGACGAGAAGGAGACGGGCGGGAACGCGUUGUUGGCGACUGGGUACCCGUUGGAUUUAGUUGGCGGCGCGGGCGACGGCACGUCGUCGUCGUCCUCGUGCUUUGCGAAUUACAUGACCAUGGUGUAUCACCUCGUGUUGUUGAUACCUUUCUCGCACGGUAAGUACGCCAAAAACGUUUGGGGAGGGUGCAUGCUUUUUCGGUUGGAGGAUUUCCUCGCCAACGCGUGUAAAGUGAAAGAAGCGUACGAGACCGGCGGAUACUCGGACGAUCUCAUCGUCGCCGCCGCUGCCGAUCGGGAAAAGAGAACGAUACUAUGUCCCGGCGACGCGUUGUUCCCAAUGCCGCUCGAUCCGAAACAAACCGUAGGAAAUUUCCUGAACUAUUUUCAUCGACAAAUUUUCGUCAACGACACGUAUUCCGACGGACACAUGAAAUUUAUCAACCACGGUAUGCUUCUGGCGAUGUUUCUCUCCAGUUUAUGUUUAACGGUUGGAACAGUCGCGAGCGCGAUAGAUAUUGCGCUCUGGUUAUGGACUUUAGCAGCGUGUUCCAAAACAUCAUCCCUCUCGAUUGCGGCGACGGAGAAGACAAACGUCGUCCCUUCGCUCGCUUUCGCGGUGUUCUUCGCGCACUUCCUCGCCGUAACGCGCGCGAAGAAAAUGUACGCGUCCUGCGUCUCUCUCUGCGAAAGAACCGCCAAAACGAGUCCGCGCGACAGAAAGAACACCACCUCACCAACCACACGUAGCGCUUCUCAAACAUCGAAAAAACCAAACGCCGGCCGCGUCGCCCGUUCCGGAUUCAACCGCACCAACUGGUUCAAAGUCUGGCUCGCCCUGUGCCUCGUGUACGCCGUCGCGCCUUUCGUAUGCGCGUACGUCUACUUCGUCUCGGACGAAGUCGCUUGGAGCGGUAUUCGGUAUAAAAAAUCUCGCGGUAAAGUUUCAAAAGUUUUCUCUGCAUCGUCGACGCGGUGA